AUGGUCAACAUCAAGUACGAACGAGUGAAGCAAACGACUGAUCUCGAGGUUGCUGCAGACGAAGAAAUUGAGCUCGAAACAAACAGGAGAGGGUCUGAUCAUCGGCAACAGGAUGCGUUGCACAGUAACAAUCAGUAUCACCAAAGUAACAUUCUACACUCCAGCUACGGGCACCACAGCCAGUACAUCGUCGCAACGACACCCGGUGGCAAUAAGGCCUACGGCGAUGGUGACACGCGCUCCAAAACGAAAAGUGCAUUUGCAAACCGGAUCGUCGUAACGCUCGUGCUAAUCGUUUGCUACUUUUCGCUUUCAAUUGGACUCACCUUUUACCAGCGGCAUCUGCUGCAGCACUUUAAGCUACCACUGUUUGUGGUACUUUACCAUUUGGUAAUUAAGUUGCUGCUGUCGGCAGUUGUGCGUGCGGUGCUGAGGUGUGUAACGAGGAAACCGCGCAUCUUGCUCGACUGGCGAACGUCCGUGCGGAAAAUCUUGCCAACCGGUUUGGCAAGCGGUAUCGAUAUUAGCUUCUCCAACUGGGGUCUGGAACUGGUGAAAAUAUCACUGUACACAAUGACCAAAUCCACUACAAUAGUCUUCAUACUGAUAUUUGCCAUAUUGCUGAAGCUCGAGAAGAAGAGUUGGUCGCUGGCGGCUAUUGUUGUCAUGAUAUCUGGAGGUCUCUUCAUGUUCACGUACAAAUCGACCCAAUUCGAUGCGCUCGGGUUUUCGUUCCUGCUGUUUGCAUCCCUUUCGAGCGGUAUCCGUUGGACGUUCGCCCAACUCAUCAUGCAAAAGUCGAAGCUGGGUCUGCACAACCCGAUUGAUAUGAUAUUUCACAUGCAACCGUGGAUGAUACUGUCCGUUCUACCGUUUACCAUAGGAUUUGAAGGACGAAAGUUAAUCGAAGGUUACCAUAUGGUACAGCUCGUGCCAUGGAGUGUCGUGGUGGAUAUGUGGUUAAAAAUUUCCCUCGGAGCAUUCAUUGCGUUCGCCAUGGAGGUGAGCGAAUUUAUGGUCCUCACCAACACCUCUAGUCUCACAUUGUCCGUAGCGGGCAUAUUCAAGGAAAUUUGUCAACUGGUACUAGCUGUCGAGUUGAACGACGAACAUCUCAGUAUGGUCAAUGUGCUCGGUUUGGUCAUGUGCCUUGGCGGUAUCUGUUGCCAUGUGGUCCACAAAUUCCUGACGUAUCGCGACGAAACGGCGAAAUCAUCGCUCGAGAAGUCGACCGGUGGCUACAUCGAGGAUCAUGACGAUGAGGACGACGAAAUGCGACCGUCCGGGCCGCUGGGAAUGGGAAGCAGCAAAAAUGGUGUGCUAAAGUUUGGCAAUGGUGGUGCCGGCAGUGAUACCGGUGGUACGGGAGCACGAUUCAAGAGUGGCCAGUAUCGACCGUUGCUGGUGAAUGAGGCGCGCGAUGCAGACGAUUCGGACCAUCUGGUGGUGGAGAACCGUAACUACCUGUCGGACGAUAGUGAGCAGGAAGAGGGCGGUACGCAGGACGUAUUGUUCGAUAUACUUAAACGCCGUGAGCGAUAG